AUGCGCUUGGCUAUACUGCUGUUAUUUGGAAUCAUUUCUUGUACGAGCGCCUCAUGGAGGAGGAAGCAACGGGUGAUAGCGAAGGGUCGAUUGAUGUGUGGCCAUCUGCCAGCAGCAAAUGUCCUGGUCAAGCUAAUGGAUGAGGACGAUGGCCUGGAUUCAGACGAUCUGAUGGCUGAGGGAAGAACGGACCAAAACGGCGGGUUCCUGCUUAAUGGAACGGAAUCAGAAAUCACAAACAUCGACCCCGUCAUCGAAGUUUUCACCGAUUGUAAUAGGAGCAAAAAAUUAAAGAACUGUGACAGAAAAUGGAAAGUGAAGAUUCCGGACAAAUACAUCAUGAAUGAGGGUGAAAAGACGCAGAAAGUUUUCGAUCUUGGAGCCGUCAACCUGCACGCGAUCUUGAAAGGCGAAUCCAGGGACUGUUUACAUUGA